AUGGAAGGUUUGCUCUUCAAUAACGUUGUUGAAAGAGAAUCAAAGCAGCUUAAUAUCGAUUUGCAAGAAGAAUACUUGAAAGAAGCGUCAAUGAAGCCAGAAUAUGAUUUAUGUUUAACAUAUAUCAAGUUACGUCAACGAAUAAAAUAUGCAAUAAAGGCUCAUAGUCAAUUUUCACCGCCAACGCUAGGAAAAUUUGGUUCCACGGACAAUAUGCUUGUGUCUAAAUCGAAAUUAAAGGCGAUCAGUUAA